GACUUCCGCUGGUCUAUGCAGACGGAGUAUCAAUGGAACCUUCUUAUCAUUAGAGUUUCGCAACCUAGCUCUCAAAUACUUGCUCUGCCUUACUCGCGAUGACGCAAUCUCGUCGAAUAUGAUUAGUAGGGGAAAAAAACAGUGAAAGUGCGCGUGACGUAACAAAAUUAUCGCGCGCAAAACACAGGGCGAUUUAGAAUGAAGUCGAGCGCUAGCGAUCCUUGGCGCGGAACCCGUGCGGAAACAACGGUCGACAACGACGACUCGCCCAGCGAUCGUUUCGAAGAUUCCUUCUUGGACGAGAACACCACUCAUCGUCGGCUGUCCGACUCGGAGCAGUAUCUGCAGAAGCUGUACUCCAGAUUGAAAGUCCUUCAGGGAGGUAACACGAGGAAGGAUCUCGUGGCGUCGCUGUCAGUGGCGAAGGAGGAUUGCAUUGCGCGUUUAAUCACCUCCUCAGGCAACAAUCCUCAGUCUGAGGAAGAAGCCGAGUUGGCGUCGAAUCCUCUGAUACGACACGUGGCCCCUCAUCUACAGGCUUUAACAGCCAGCGAGUUAGUUCAUCUUCUGAAAGCAGACGUACUUCAAGUGACCACACAGGCUGAUCGAGAGCAAAAUACUGCAGAGGAAUUACAAACGAGCCAGCCGUUAACGGAACCCAGAGUGGAGCAUAAUAAUUAGUUUCCAUUA